UGAUACUGCGCAUGUGCGAGGGCCUGCUCCGUCUACGACAUCGGCGGACUCGACCACGACCUCAAGCGAGCAACGUGCGGCAGGACGCGGAUCCCCAGGCGAUACCGCCCGGGUACGAACAGGUGAACCGAUGGGAAAUUGUGACGGUGGUACGACACCAAGUGUACAUGCGGCGGGUGCAAGAGUGAGGAGGGGAGUGGAGCGAAAGGGGGAACGCACUGCUGCCUGGAUAGAUCGCCUAGCGGCGCUCAUUGUCGCAUUGGAGAUCGGUCGGCGAGGAGGUCUUUAUUGCAUAGCCACGACUGCCAUCACUCGGUGGCUAUCUCAUCGGGAGCGCAGGCGGGUGCAAGCGGAGAUUCGGAGGAUCGAACAUCGCAUUUGGAGUGAUGAGAGCUGGCUACUAGCCUUUGACCCGCAAAGGAGGGCGCCGACGCACGCGCGGUGCCAGAGUGGCGGCAAUCGCAGUGGGAAGGGACGCCCGAUUGAUAGAGUGGCGACAGCAGUGCGACGCAGCCCCUCCACCAAUAGGAUCGCCCACCAGGAGAGUCGAGCGGCGCUUCGGCGCCAUCGAGCAAGGUGGGCGGCAGUUCGGCCCCGGCGGCGGUCAGUCCGACCACCUCUACGCCAGCCUUCGGACUUACCUCAAGCUCGAGGACGGCAACCCCGGCCACAGCAGGACGAGACACAUCGAGCAGGAAGGCAGCCCCCAUCGCAGUUGGCGGCGGCGACCCAAGACUGGCAAAUUAUGAAGGCGGUCAGGAGAGCGGCCCUAACACGCUCCUUCGUUACGGACCCGGCUGCGGACACCAAGACUGCGGAUGGCGAGCUCAUCCUCCAGGUGGAAGAGAAGAUGGCGAUUGCGCAAAUCACUUAUAUGCGCGCUCACAUCAUCGUCAUGCGCUUCGAGGGCCCUCUGAAAGACCUGGCACUGCAAGCCAAGUUGGAUUGGAUACGCUGUUGGGAGUUGGAGAACUGGCCAGAGAAAGGCCAGGCCUCGUAUCAAGGUCGAGCGAUGGUGGAGGGAGGGGCGCUGGUCUUCUAUUGGGCCCCCACGGCUGCACUGCGAGACUGGGUGCUUGACGAGCGGGGAAGUGAGGGUAUCAGACUGGGCGACUGCACACACCUGGUUCGGUUCACAUCCUGGAAGUCGCCAGUGGAGGUGAAGUGGGAGAGGCUGCAAGAGCGGAAGGCGCAGCCAUGGGUGCGCUUCGUGCAACCGCCUUCCAUGGCGGUGUUAAUGCUCCGGCAGCUGGCGGAGUCGUUCUUCGGGGCAGUCAGGAACCCUGAAGGCACGUGGGCGAUUGACGGCGAUGGCAGAGAGACAAUUAGAUUUGACCUCUACCCCCCGCUCCGCUCGCAGGGGCUGGAGCGCUUGGCUGUGGCGCAAGCGUAUUACGGUCGGCCGGAGGUGAGAGGGGUGACGAGUGAGACCCCGUGGUGCGAUAAUUGUCGAAGGCAUGGCCAUCUCACACGAAGGGGUCGCUGCGUAAACAUGGCGGAGACCAAGGAGGAACUAGCCCGUAGGGAACACCUGCUGAGAACUGACCCUGGCCUCCCUCGGGAUGAUUUCACGGAGAUCGCGUGCUGGGUAGAUUUUGAAAAAGAGUUUGAUACGGUGAUAUUCACGGAGAUUGCCACCGAAUCCAGCCUGGGCGGCGGGAUGGAGGUAGGGGACCGGCAACUGCUUCAACCGGCUCCUCCGCACCAGGCCGCGGCCGCUGAUGGGGCGGAUGGAGCCCAUUCACGGCAACCAGCCAUACCAGAUCAGGGUUCCAACAAAGUGCCUGAGAAGCAAGGGCUUGCAGGCCCUAGGGAGCAUCAUCGAGGAGGACAGGGGCAACAGAAGGAGCAAGAAGCCCCCUGGUCAACAGCCGGACGCCCGUCAGAAGCCCGAGAGGCAGCCGUCAGCCGGGGGUCGUGCACAGCAGGUCAAGCACAUGCUGCGAGAGCAUCAGCAGCGUCAGCAUCCGCCACCGCAGGCACCACCGAAGCCACAAUCCCCCCACGAACACCACGAGCACCGUCGACAACAGCAGAUGUUGCCGCAAGCAUCAGCGUCAAGGCAGAGGCACCUACUGCACCAGCCGCCACCAUCCCAGCCAGCGCCAUCGCAAUAUCAACAAGAACUGAAUACUCCAGAGAAGUCAUUGUGCUAUCGGGGGAUACGCAACCAGACCAGACCGUCGCACGGGAGGUGGGAGGUCAGCGAGAGGGGGGGGAGCAACCGGCGCCAAUGGAGUGCUGCGAGAACAAAGAAGAGCAACAGCCAGCGAUGGUAGCGCGCUCCAGCGACCAGAAGAGUGGAGAUGGACGUGCAACGAACCCGCAGCCCUACGAACAACCUGGCCACCAUGAGGAGAGUCGGUCCCGUGGGCAGGAGACAAAUCCAGAAGCACUGGCGGGAGGAGGUGCAGUCAACAGUGGCCAGGCUGGGGGACAGGUCAAAGGGCCGCCUCCUAAUCAGCACCAACAGCCGGGACAACGGAGAGAGGGUAAGGAUGUGAUGAGACCCCAAGGAUUGGGUGUGGAGCGGAUUGGGACAGAGCCGCCUCCUUUCGUCCAUAGCCAGCAACGAUGCGGCAGCGCGGUGGCCGAGGCCUCGGCACGUGGAAGGCGGACGCCAGCUCAGGUGCCCAAGCCAAAAGGAAGAUCGAAGUUUAAGCGAGGACUUGUCGGCACGGCCGAGACCGGACCACUUAUACGACCCCACGGCCAGAGGUUGAAACGAAGGGUUGCAACCAGAGUGCUCUGCUAUGGGACAACCUCCAGGGGCAGAUUCAGCAGCCAGAAGGACAGGCGAGGACGUCGGCAGCAGAAGACCCCCCCCCGCUCGGCGGCGGGGCCCCAGGCUAUUCCGGGAGCGGACUCUGGCCUUCUGGAUGGCGUUAAGGACCUCAAGCUUGGGCCGCCUCAGCAGCAGGAAGAGGGACCUCCGCAGAAUGGUCAGGGCUUAAACUUCAAGCGUGGACGCCAGCGCAAGCAGGGUAGGGGACGAACGAGCAGAGAAGCAUCACCUGUCGACCUUCCGGAGGAAUCGGAGCAGGACAAGAGGCGAAGGACCCUCGAAUCCCCGAUAGGUAAAGCGACGCAGCACCCCGAGGGCAAGGACUGGCAGCACUUCGUGGAAAUUACGAGCUCUUCCUCCCAAGCCCUCGAGCCUGCCCUCUCCCUGCCUCCUUCUCGCGGCCCCUCGGCCCUCCAACCCCUUCCAUCCCCCCCCUCCAGUCAACCACGGUCGGCCAACGCUGGUAACCCGCAAGGGCACCAACCCUCGCACCUAUCGCCUUCGUCCUCCCCGGACGACGACGGCAUAGAGGAACAGAACUUAGGACAGUCACUGAGGGGCGCCCCGGGCGCCCCUGAAGAUGUGGGGCACGUGAAUGAUCACGUGCAAUUGGCACGUAUACUCCUCCUUGAUGGGAGGUUUGAUGAACUCCGAUCGCAGGGUCGGAUUUGCAUAGUCCCUAUCAUAUGCCGCCUGUUUGACGGCAAGAUACAAGCCAUGCUGUACCACCGACCUGAGACUUCGCAGGACCCGGCCAUCCCAUUUGUCAAGGUAAGCGAGCACCCUUCCAUGCAGCGAGCAGUCGCUGUAGCGGAACGGGGGGCGGGCCCUGCAUAUAAGAUCUCCCCCGUCAAGGGAAUCUCGGCAAUUAGACUAUUGUUGAAAGGAUCGGCCACUCAGACAAUAGGGGCGUAUUGCUUUAUGCUUCGGGCAGAGCCAGCCACGAGGGCUCCCUUUCCUCCGCAGGACCCCACCUUUACAUGGUGUGACCUCUUCCCCCUCAUUAGUGAGGUUGGAGAUGUCCUGGAACAGUCGGUACAUCCUGGCCAAUCGGCCUCCUUCUUGGCCCUGCUCAACAAGCAUCUCCCCAAGAACAAACGAUUCACGCACCCAUCUUUUACUGCCGACCCACAGCUGUGGCUACGAGGACCACGCCCUCUUGGGAGGAAGGCGAGAUCUGGUGAUGCUCCUGGCCCAUAGCCCCUGUCGCCCUGGACAGACUGAUCGUUGAAAUGGUAGUCUGGGAUAGAAACGUUAGACUAGAUUAGAGUCACACAUACACCGU